AUGUCACAUACAGAAGAAGUCAACACUCCGAUCAGUAAUGACGAAGUAGUAAGAGAAUACUGCGAUUCGGCAUCAACAAUCUCAACUUCGGAUGUUCGAAAGAGAGCAGUUAUUGAGAAGGAAUUAUACGAGAAAGAAAUGAACGAAAUGAUUGAUUACAUCUCUGAAAUAGCCAAGGAUCCGGUACAGCCAAUAAGCAUGGGGCAGUUAGGCAAAGAUUUCAAAGCAAGAAGUGGAUCAAAGGAGAGUGCCAACUGUUUGAGAGUUCGAAUUUCGAGAUAUCGCUCAAAGAUUCAUGAAUUGGAUAGUGUCGACAAGAACACAAAAGUAAAAAUGUUGUUUGUAUUGGCUGCUCCAGUUCCAGAAGAGUUUCUGAAUGAACUCCGACAAGACGCCGUAGUAGAAGUGGACGACAGCAAUCGAAUUGCGGUGUACAAGGCGAAUGACGGCACCUUGGAUUUACAAAGAGAAGAUAUUCCGAACGAGAGAAUCAGAAAGCAAGAAUGUGGUCAAACUGAAAGUAAGGCUGUCAUUUCGUCCACAAAAACCGUCUCCGGCAUUGAAGAGAAAGAGCAGGACAAGAAGGUAUUGGUGACCAGAAGUGGAAGAGUAUCGAAAAAACGAAAUCUUAGCAUUUCCGAUCAAUGCCACGCGCAAAUAAGUUCCCAAAAAAGAUCCUGCAUCAGUUCUUCAAUCUCGCAUCUUCAUAGUGAUGAUGGUAUGGACAAGGCAAUGAGUUCCGGUGAUCCUAAUGACACACAGAGAUCAGUCGUUCAUUCAACUGUCGAAGCUUGUGAAGAUUCGAGGAAUGUCUGUAAUGAUUCCAUUCAACAUGAGGAAGAUGAUUUAGAACUAUAUUCACGAAUUGAAAACGACGAUGAAGGUAUGGGAGUACCUAAAAAGAAGUCUAGAAGAAGAAGACGUAAACCAAAUACUGAUGUGCCAGUUGAAGAACAAGAGGAAACAAAUGUCCCACCAUUAGACGAGACAUUCCACAAUCAAAGCGUUCUAACGAGUGACGAAAAGAAUAUCGAGCUGAUGAAUUUCUUUAUCGAACGAUCUAUUCACGCAGUAUCUCCUGUAAAAAUGUAUAAAUUAUGCACGGAAUACAAAAAAGAAAUGAAUUGUGAUCUCGCUGUUCUGAGUAUUUAUCAUAGAAUUAAAAGACUCCUCCCCGUAAUUCACCUCAUGGAAGAUUUGGAUCUCGAUACCAAAAUCAAAAUGGUUUUUCUUCUUAGCGCUCCAAUCGACCCGGACUUUUUGUUCGAGUUGAGACAGCAUGCAGAAGUGAAGAUAGAUGAUCGACAGAGGAUUAUUGAAUACAAGAGAAAUGGAGGUGGACUAGAAUUGAAAGGAACUCAUUCAGCGGGCAAUCGUGAAGUUGAAACGAAAGAAAAGGCAAUUAUGAUGUUCUUGGAAGAGAUAUCGAAGACUGUAGACACUCCAAUGCAACCUGGUUCACUUCUCAAAGAGUUUCAAGAAUCCACUGGAACAAAGGACGCAAGGACAACAUUAGAUAGACUAUAUAAAUCCGUCCGAAACAACAUCUACUGGUCUCCAGAUUUUGAUAAGAUCACAAAAGCGAAAAUGAUGUUUAUUUCUAGCUCGAGAGUACCUGAAUGUUUCUUGAAAGAACUUCGAGAAAUUGCAUUCGUUGAGGUAGACGAAGCAAAUAUAAUUCUAAAAUUCAAAGUGGACGAUGGAAGUGUCGAGUUCAGUGGAGAUUCGAGUUUUUCUGCAAAAAUGAGGGCAUUGUGGUUUCAUCGGAAGAGUGUUGGUGUCAUGAACUCAACAGUUGAAAUCGAAAAUGAGGAAUCAGAGAAUAAUGAUACAGAGUUGGCGGAUGAGCAUGAAGAAAGAGAAGCAGCGGAUGAAACAGUUGAAGAUAUGAAUGAGUCAUUUGUGAUGAGAAGUGGGAGAGUAUCGAGAAAGCGAGUUCCCAACAAAUCUCUAUUUUCUGAUGAUGAUGACUCUGAAUUGGCAGGAAAGAAACGAAGCAAUUCAUAUGCUCCGGUGUCAAAGAUGAUGAAGCCACCGAAUGAAGACUCUGCUUCUGCGUCCUCUGGGAACACCUCGAAACCUGAGUUGGUUGAUGAGCAGAAGCCAUGUCAAAUCGAAGAAAGUAGCAUGAAGAGCACCGAUGGAUUAUGCGAAGCUUCGAGAGAACAGAAGUCAAAUAACAUCUCAAACGUCUUUGAUGAUUCUGUCCAAAACGAAGGAAAUUAUGUGGAAACUCACGAAAAUGAUGAUAUGGACCUCAGUGUAACAGAAUAUGAUUCUCGACGAAGAGAAGAUGAAUCGGAUCCUUCUUUAAUGGAUAUUACAUCAAUUGAUAAAGAUAUCACAUCAAGUUCUCACAAAGUUGACGAUUCACAUAGACGUUUGGAAGAAUCGAGAGCAAGUUCUUCUCAUCUCACCCAUCCUAAAACGGAAGUCGUAACAAGAAAAUCAUCUGUUCGUCCCAUUUCUAAAGCGCAGAAAGUAUCAGAUCGCCCACUGAAGUCAAGUGUGACGAGAUCUCCCGAAGCGACGGCUUACUCUUCCUCAUCUCCGCCAAGCAACGAGAAGAUGGACACCGUCCGCAAGAGUUCUGAAUCUCGUUCUAACAUGACAUCUGAAAAUCAAGAGAUCAGUUCAAUAAGUGAAUAUAUGCAGGAGACCUAUAUUCCCUUAUAUGAUUCAAUUACGAUCGAUCCAAUGAUAGUUGACCACGAGGAAGUGAUUAGUGACACUGAAUAUAGAAAUGACUAUUCAAAUCAUCAAAGCGAAGACUCCAAUCAUCCAAAUGCGGAAGCAACAGAGGAUACAAGAACUGUUUCUGCGAUUGACUUGAAUUCAAUUGAGUCUGACGAAAUGCCUUUGAAUAUCCGUAAGAAAUCAUCGUCUAUCGAAUCGAAAAGGAGAUCUAAUCGCAUGAAUUCUGAAACAACUGUAAUUUCUGUAUCUACACAAACGUCAAACUUGGAACCGGCAAUGGAAAAGAGUAAGCCGGAAACUUGUAAUAGUGACUGUGAAAUCAUUGGUGUAUUCAAUGAUGGGACACCUGCUGAACCUCUCGAGAAUUUGAAGGACUUUUUCAAGCUUCUACGCGCUCAUGUUUCAAUGUUAAAGACAACAAAUCUCGCCGACUUGCAUAUGAGAAUAGGUGAUAUGAUCACGAAACAGGGAGAUAAACCAGUUUCAAUUGACAAUAUACGUGUUUCUCUUGAAACAUGUUUCCUCUCACUGAUUCAAAAAGGAGCACUGAAGUCACCACCAGAAGAAGAGUGGAGAAGUCUCCGUAAUUUGAUGGUUUCUCUGAAAACUAUUACUUGUUUUUUCGAACAUCCAUCGCUUAAUUCUUUCAAAGAAAAGUUGGAAUGUGUUAUUCGAGAUCUUUCAAUUCAGGAUAAGAGAAUCACAAUCGAUGAAAUUCGCUCUGCAUUGGAGAGAACUCUCAACUUCGUCUCCUUUUGA